UCGUGUCCCCUGCAUGCGUUGUAAACAGUGCUGUGCUGCUCUCUUCACUCCGGGUGUGCAGACUGUGCUCCGUGUUUCCCCAUUGUAAUCCCAGCAAACUUUAUAUUCAAGGCAAACUGCAGCUUUCAGUGGUUUAGAGACUCCUAAUAUUGGUACAUCAAGUUUACCGGGGCUGCAGUAUCUUGUCCAGCAGUGUUCAUUGUCGGAAGUGACAAUCGUUCAUAAUGAGCAAGGCAGGCAGCAAAAUGAAGGCAAUGAAGAAAGUGGUGGAUAAGGUGGUCCAUGGUAACCUCAUCAAGACCAACAUACCUGCUGGGAUGGCUGUUGCUGGACCACCACUUGGACCCAUGCUGGGACAGCGUGGCCUCAACAUCGCAGCAUUCUGUAAGGAUUUCAAUGCCCGUACUGCACAUUUCAUUGAAGGCGUCCCACUUCCAUGCAGGAUACUUGUGAAGUCAGACCGCUCUUAUGAACUCACCAUCCACAAUCCACCAUCAACAUACUUUCUUAAGCAAGCUGCUGGGAUCCAGAGAGGUGCUAUGAGUCCAGGCAAAGAAAUCGCUGGAAAAAUAACCCUAAAGCAUGUAUAUGAAAUAGCCAAAAUCAAACAACAAGAUCCACCCUUAUAUCUCACACCUCUCAAAGAAAUUUGUGAAUUGGUCAUCGGUUCAGCGCACUCUUGUGGGAUUGAGGUUGUAAGAGAUCUAGACGCCAAAGAAUAUGAGGAAUUCCUUAAUGAACGCAAAUUGGUGGUUGAAGACCAGCAGCGAGAGUUGCAAGAGAAGAAAGAAGCAAAGUUGUUAAGGAAAUAGUCAAAUGUGUAUUAUAUUUAUAUUAUACUGCAUCAUAUAUCAUGCUUCUGUACAUAACACUUGUGACCACUACUGAUUAGUAUUAAAUAUUUUAAUAUGGA